AUGGCAGAAGUCCACAUCAUUGGCACAUUGCAAUCAGCCAGUGGAUUCCCAGCACCUGAAUUAACUUGCAAAUGGAGCAUUGUCGCAGGCGACGGAUGGAGGCUACUGGAAGGCGACGAUUCCGGCCAGACUCAAGUGGAUAUACCAUCUGAUCGCAAAACGACUGUAUGGAGUCACCCUAUCGAUGUCCACUAUGCUACAAAGACGAUACAGGGUUGGCCAAAGUUACACUUUCAAGUAUUUCGGCAAGACCCAACUGGACGGAAUGAAUUAUACGGAUAUGGAUUUGUGCAUGUACCAACGUCACCAGGAAUGCAUGAGCUGGAGGUUCAAACGUGGAGACCUCUAGGAACCAUGUCGGAGCAGAUCUGGUCAUACUUUACUGGAUCAUCAACACACUUAAAGAACUUGCACGUGGUCUACACUCCAACAGACAGAUUUCGUCUAUCAACUGCCACUAUGGGAAAAAUACAUCUAGAAAUUGGUAUAAUUUUACGUAACUUUGAUACAUACGGUGUCGCUUUAUAA